AUGUGUGCAAUUGCUAGUCCUUAUAAAAUAGCUACAAGUUGUCAGUGUCUUUCUCUAAAGAUCAAAUUCUUUUAUCCUCUAGCAAUUGCCACGAAGUCGCCCUGUCCAACAGUAAAAUUUGCAAAAACAAUUUAUCCCAUCUCUUUCUGCUUCGCUGGGCCGUCGGACCAGCUCCUACCUAGUCUCUCUCUGGGCCAGGAGAAAACUUGGGCCCAGUUUGGAUGGGCUUUUUGUCUCCUCGGAGUAGCAGAAGCACAGGGCCCAACCUCCUACGCAGGCCAGUACCAAGUUCCCCCAGCUCUCGUAGCCCAAACCGUUCUCCCUCCCGAUCCCUCCGCCCGCUCCGGUUCCGGAGGCGGCGCCUGCCCUCGCGCUCCCCGCCCGCAGCGCCGCCAUGGACCUCAUGGCCGUCCCAAGAAGAAGGUCUCAGAAGGGUUUGAGGAAUGGACCCAAAGCCCUGAAACCUGUUCCAGUAAUUGUCCGUUGCAGGGUAAAGAUCCUCGUCCGAUUGGUGGCUUUCUAAGCUAUAUCCAGAAUGCGUCAACUGUCCCCUUUCCACAACAAAUUCCUCAUCAUGCACCUGCGUCACCAAAAUUUCAUUUCAGCAGCAGUCCUGCUCCCGCACAUCAUGUUCCUUCUGUGGAACCAUGGCCAUCGAUGUCCAAAGGGAUUCCAUCGCCAUCACUUUAUGAGCUGAGCUCUUCACAUAUGCCAUCUGGUUCACAAUCCCAGCAAUUCAUCGAUGUUGAAAGUGCGAACGAGGAUGGCGAAAUGAGGACUAGCAGGCGGCUUAUAUGGAAUCCAGAGGAGGAUCUAAGAUUGAUGAGCUCCAGUUAAAUAAUUCCAAUGACCCAAUCAAGGGGAAUAACAAGAAGAAUGAACAAUAUUGGAAUGAUGUUGCUGCUGUCUACAACAGCACCACUCCAAAAAGUCGGUGGAGAAGUGCGAAGCAGCCAAGGACCGAUUGCAUACUGUUAACAAGUUGGUCUACCAGUUUCAGUACUCUUGGAACAAGGCUUUUAGAGUAUACUCUAGUGGGUAGUCUGAUGACCAAUUAAUAGACAAGGCAUAUGCAUUUUAUGAUAAGGAUUGGGGAGGACAAUUUCUUCUCAUGAAUGUCUGGAAGGCUGUCCGAGACCAGCCCAAGUGGCAUAACUACAAUAAGAAUCUCGAGGAAGCAAAGAAAAAAAGGGUGACAGAUGCGGAGGAGCCGGGAGGACAUGCAUACUCCGCUAUACCGAAUGGAGAUCAACCACGCCCAAUGAGAACAAAAGCCAAGGCUGCACGUAGUGGCAAAGGCCAAAGGCAAGGCGAAGGGAGCUGCAAUAGAAAUGGAAGAGCUCAAGAAGUAUCAGGAAAUUCAGAUGGAGUCUAGCAAAAAUCGAAGUGGGAUACUAGAAAAGCAGCAACGUCUCUCUGCCGAGAAGCUUGAAACAGCCAAGAUCACCUACCUUGCAGCAAAGGAGAAUAAAGAGGCAAGAAAGCAUGGCAAGGAGUGUGAAAUAUGGAGAACAUACAGAGCAAUGGCUACGCAAGACACAAGUGGGAUGACAGAUAGUAUAAAAGAUGAGUUUGCAAAGGGACUGAAGGUUAUAAGAGAGAGGUUGUUUGGCAAUUCUCAGUAGUAAGUUCAAAGAUAAUUGUGGUAACUUGUUUCCCCAUUUCCUGAGUUCUGGUUAAGUGUACAGCUCUUAUAUUUAUAACUAGAUCGGCUCUUGUAUUGUUGAUUAUUAUGCUUUCUACAUAUCAUUGGUCAUUGGAUUAUGUUUUUCCAAAUUACUUGGAGUCAAGAUCAUGUUGCGAUGCUCUUAUUUUCUUAUUUGAUGAAGAUUACUUGGAGUUAAGGUCAUAGGUUCAGUGUUAGUUUGGUAUGCAGGGUCUAGAGUAUAGUGUUCAUGACUUCAUGCGAGUUCAUGUGGACAAGCUUGUUUUUUAUUUUAAUUUUAGGAAUUAUGAUCUGCGAGGUCUGUAACUAAAAUUUCAAAUAUGCACUAGUUCAUCCUUCUAUUAUUUUAUUUAA